AUCCGUACUUGUCUAUGGCGUCACACUUUCAGACUCUUUUACAUUAAUCCAAGGAGAAGGAGUAAAAUCCAGAAAUUGAGCGAAUCGAGACAAUAGCAAUAAUUAAAUCUACAAAGACAGCGAAAAGGGAUGAAAAGGGGGUGAUGGGGUGUCAUGAAUCGUGAUCGCUGGUGCUGAUAAUCAUUGUUGUCGCUGUUUGGUUUUGAAUUUGAAUUGUUCGAUCUGAGUUAGAGAGAGAGAGAGAGAGAGAUUGGGGGGACUAGGGUUUGUGGAAUCGAUUUCUGGAAAGAACGGUAUUUGAAGACGAUGGAGGUGAUCCUCCAUAUAUAUGACGUCACCAAUAGUGGUUCAGAUAAGACCAACAACACCAUUCUUCAGAUCAACAAGAUCUUCAAGGACGGCAUCGGUCUUGGUGGCAUAUUCCACAGCGCCGUCCAGGUAUAUGGAGAUGAGGAAUGGUCAUUUGGGUUUUGUGAAGAAGGCACUGGUGUUUUUAGUUGUCCUUCUGGAAAGAACCCAAUGUACAAGUAUCGCGAGUGCAUUGUGCUUGGAAAGACAGAUUUUUCCAUCUUCAAGGUCAAUCAGGUCCUGAGGGAACUUAGUAGAGAGUGGCCCGGGAACUCAUAUGAUUUGUUGUCAAAAAACUGUAAUCACUUCUGUGAUGAAUUCUGUGAAAGACUAGGCGUGCCUAAACUUCCUGGUUGGGUUAACAGGUUUGCCAAUGCGGGUGACACUGCUGUUGAAAUUGCAGGAAACACAGCCUUUAGGCUGAGACAAGCUAAAACAGAGAUAGUAUCAGCCAGCAAAGUCGCCUAUCGAUUUCUUGCGAGUGUUGGUUCCAACAAUUCAAUUGUGGCACCAGAGUCCCCUGGCAAUUCGAAUAGAGGAACUCCCAGAUUUCAGGUUACUUGGUUUAAAAAUCUUGUAUCUACUGGUGCCAAACCAUCAGGUACUUCAGAACCCGAAGACCCAGAUGAGAACAUUAUCCAGCAGCAACAGCGGAAAGAUGCAGAGACUUCCCUGCCACAGAGCUCACGACAUGAUAUCUAAGGUCGUGUUUCCUCAAGACAUUUAUUGCAAGUUUACUAGUUGACCAUGCAAAGCCGUUAUCAAUUUAUUCAUUGUGAAAUUAAAGUGUAAUGUUCAGUCUUUGUUCCAAUUGCGAAUUCCUCGUUGCUGCCCAAGAGACAGAAGUUACAUUGAAUAGACAUCAUUCUUCCUAGUUUUUUCCAUCUUUCAG